AUGGUACUGCUGAACUGCGUCAAGGAGAAGGAAGGACAAACAGCUUUACACCGGUCAGGAUCAUGCGGUAGCAUAGAUCUUCUACGUCAACUGGUAGAGAAGAGCGAUGAUAUAAACCUACAGGAUCAGCGUGGGCAGGCACUUUUACAUCAGGCGGGAAUCUGUGGUAACGAGUGUUUUAUCCGUAUUUUGCUGGAGCAAGGUGCCAACGUCAACGUACAGAAUAGAGAUGGGAAUACACCUUUACACCUGGCGGGAUUCUGUGGUAACGAGUGUUUUGUUCGUAUUUUGCUGGAGCAGGGUGCCAACGUCAACGUACAGAAUACAAAAGGACAAACAGCUUUACACCGGUCAGCACCAUGUGGUAGCGUGGAUCUUCUACGUCAACUGGUAGAGAAGAGCGAUGAUAUAAACCUACAGGAUCAGCGUGGGCAGACACCUUUACAUCAGGCGGGAUUUUGUCGUAACGAGUGUUUUAUCCGUAUUUUGCUGGAGCAGGGUGCCAACGUCAACGUACAGAAUGCAGAAGGAAAAACACCUUUACACCUGGUAACGUCAUGUGGUAAAGUGGAUCUUCUACGUCUACUCGUAGAGAAGAGCGAUGAUAUAAACCUACAGGAUCAGGAUGGGAAUACACCUUUACAUGAGGCGGGAUUCUGUGGUAACGAGUGUUUUGUUGGUAUUUUGCUGGAGCAGGGUGCCAACGUCAACGUACAGAAUACAAGAGGACGAACAGCCUUACACCUGGCAGCGUCACGUGGUACCAUGGAUCUUCUAAGCCUACUGGUAGAGAAGAGCGCUGAUAUAAACGCACAGGAUCAGGAUGGGAAUACACCUUUACAUGAGGCGGGUAACGAGUGUUUUGUUGGUAUUUUGCUGGAGCAGGGUGCCAACGUCAACGUACAGAAUACAAAAAGACAAACAGCUUUACACAGGGCAGCGUCACGUGGUAGCAUGGAUCUUCCACGUCAACUGGUAAAGAAGAGCGAUGAUAUAAACCUACAGGAUCAGGAUGGGAAUACACCGUUACAUAUUGCGGGAUUCUAUCGUAACGAGUGUUCUAUCCGUAUUUUGCUGGAGCAGGGUGCCAGCGUCAACGUACAGAAUGCAAAAAGACAAACAGCUUUACACCGGUCAGCAUCAUGUCGUAGCGAGAAUCUUCUGCGUCAACUGGUAAAGAAGAGCGAUGAUAUAAACCUACAGGAUCAGGAUGGGAAUACACCUUUACAUGAGGCGGGAAUCAUUGUUAACGAGUGUUUUGUUGGUAUUUUGCUGGAGCAGGGUGCCAACGUCAACGUACAGAAUACAGAAGGACAAACAGCUUUACACUGCUCAGCAUCAUGUGGUAACGUGGAUCUUCUACGUCAACUGGUAAAGAAGAGCGAUGAUAUAAACCUACAGGAUCAGACGUACACCAUAGAGAGUAAAAGCAGUGCCACGACGACAAUGUGA